AUGUCAGACGGAUCAGUCGAAUUUGCUCCUACUGCUGCAACUAAAAAAAAGAGUAGCUCAAAAACACCUCUUUCAGACUCCACUAAUACCCCCAAAGUUUCAAAUGGUAAAAGUUCAAAUGCUUCAGAUCAGUACCAGAAAUUAUCACAAUUGGAACAUAUAUUGAAAAGACCAGAUACAUAUAUUGGGUCUGUUGAAAGGUCACCGAUCGAGAUGUGGUGCUUUGACCCCAUUGCAGAGUCGAUGGUGUAUAAAGAAGUCAAUAUUGUUCCCGGUUUAUAUAAAAUCUUUGAUGAAAUCUUAGUUAAUGCCGCCGAUAAUAAAAUCAAAGACCCUAGCAUGAAAAACAUCAAGGUUAAAAUUGAUCCUGAAAACAAUUUAAUCGAAGUCAUGAACGAUGGUAAAGGUAUUCCCGUUGAAAUCCAUGACAAAGAGAAAAUAUACAUUCCUGAAUUAAUUUUCGGGAAUUUAUUAACUUCUUCAAAUUAUGAUGAUGAUGAAAAGAAAGUAACAGGUGGUCGUAAUGGUUUUGGGGCUAAGUUAUGUAACAUCUUCUCCACGGAGUUUAUAUUAGAAACUGCAGAUUUAAAUACUGGGUUUUUAUAUAAACAAACUUGGACAAAUAAUAUGUCUAAUAUUUCUAAACCAAAAAUCACUAAGUUAAAAUCGAAGAGAGAAUAUACUAAAGUCACGUUCAAACCUGAUUUGUCCAAAUUCGGCAUGACUUCUUUGGAUGAAGAGACGUUGUCUGUUUUAACAAGAAGAGUCUAUGAUUUAUGUGGUACUGUUAACAAUUGUAAUAUUUACUUGAAUGAUAAAAAAUUGAAUAUUCGUAAUUUCAAGGCUUAUGUGGAAAUGUAUGUGAAGGCAAUCAAAGAGAGAAACCCUGAUCCUGAACCUAUGGAUGGCACUAUCCAAAAUUACACUACCAUAGUUCAUGAAGUUUUUAACGACAGAUGGGAAGUGGCAUUUGCUGUCAGUGAUGGAUCCUUCAACCAAGUAAGUUUUGUGAAUUCUAUUGCAACAACUGCAGGUGGAACUCAUGUAAAGCAUGUAUCUGAUCAAAUAAUUACUAAAUUAAUUGCUACUUUGGCUAAGAAAGAAAAAGGCAAAAAAAAAUUAAUGAUUAAAACGCAAGAAGUUAAAAAUAAUAUGUUUUUAUUCGUAAACUGUCUUAUUGAAAACCCUGCUUUUACAUCACAGACUAAAGAACAAUUAACCACAAAGGUUUCACAAUUUGGAGGUAAGCCAAGUGAAAAAAUUGCUAUUAGUGAACAGUUCAUAAAUAAAAUAUUAAAAACUAGUAUCGUGGAUAAAAUCAGAUCGAUUGCGAAUGCCAAUGAAGAUAAAGCUUUACAGAAAGUUGAUGGUUCCAGAAAGCUGAGAAUUAAGGGACAAGUGAAAUUAGUUGAUGCCAAUAGAGCUGGAACAAAAGAAGGACAUAAAUGUACCCUUAUCUUGACGGAAGGAGAUUCGGCGUUGUCCUUAGCUGUGGCAGGUUUAGCGGUUGUUGGUAGGAACUAUUACGGAUGCUUUCCAUUACGAGGUAAAUUAUUGAAUGUAAGAGAGGCUUCCACUGACCAGGUAUCUAAAAACGUUGAAAUUAAUGCUUUGAAGCAAAUUAUAGGUUUGCAACAUAAGAAGCAUUAUAGUUUAGAGAAUAUUAAUACGUUGAGAUAUGGUCAUAUUAUGAUUAUGACAGAUCAAGAUCAAGAUGGUUCACAUAUAAAGGGUUUGAUUAUUAACUUUUUGGAAACAAGUUUUCCGGGUUUAUUGCAGGUCCCAGGCUUCUUAUUAGAGUUCAUCACUCCUAUUGUUAAGGUGACAGUCAAUAGGAGAGGAAGCGGUAAGCAGGUUAUUCCAUUUUAUACUAUGCCAGAAUUUGAAAAAUGGAGAGACACGGAAGGUCUUACUUGCCGUUGGACUCAAAAGUAUUAUAAGGGUUUGGGUACAUCAACAGACGCAGAAGGGAGAGAAUACUUUUCAGCUCUUGACAAGCAUUUGAAAACGUUCCAUGCGUUACAAGGAGAUGAUCAACAAUUAAUUGAUUUAGCGUUUUCAAAGAAGAAAGCAGAUGAUAGAAAAGAAUGGUUACAAGGAUUCGAACCUGGUACUCAUUUGGAUCCAGACCUAGAAGAAAUCCCGAUAAGUGAUUUUAUCAAUAAGGAAUUAAUCUUAUUUUCAAUGGCCGAUAACGUGAGAUCCAUUCCAUCUGUUUUGGAUGGUUUCAAGCCAGGUCAACGUAAAGUACUUUACGGUUGUUUCAAAAGAAACUUAAAGUCUGAAAUUAAAGUCAAUCAGUUGGCUGGUUACGUUUCAGAAAAUACAGGGUAUCAUCAUGGUGAACAAUCAUUAGUUCAGACUAUUAUUGGAUUAGCACAAGACUUCAUUGGUUCAAAUAAUUUGAAUAUUCUCAAGCCAAAUGGUUCUUUCGGUUCGAGAGCAGCUGGGGGUAAAGACUUCUCAGCACCGAGGUAUAUUUUUACGGAGAUAAAUGAGAUUACCCGUAAAAUAUUCAAUCCUUUGGAUAAUGCUUUGUAUAAGUAUGUUCAAGAUGAUGAACAAACAGUUGAACCAGAGUGGUAUUUACCAGUCUUGCCCAUGCUUUUGGUUAAUGGUUCUGAAGGUAUUGGUACUGGUUGGUCUACUAAUGUUCCACCUUUUAAUCCUACGGACAUCGUAAAUAACAUCAAGAAAUUAAUGAAUGGCGAAGAAAUGAAUGAAAUGUCUCCGUGGUAUAGAGGUUGGGAAGGUGAAAUCGUGGCCAACGGGAAAGAUAGAUUUAGAGUCAUUGGUAGAAUUGAGCAAACUGAUGAAACCGAAGUGGAAAUUACUGAAAUUCCUGUUAAAACAUGGACUAAUAAUAUGAAAGAAUUUUUAUUGAACGGUUUAGGAACUGAAAAAGUUAAGCCUUGGAUUAAAGACAUGGAAGAACAACACGGGAUGAAUAUCAGAUUUGUCGUUAAGCUUAGUGCUGAUGAAAUGGCUAAGUCAUUAAAAGUUGGAUUGCUAGAGAGAUUCAACUUAAUUUCCUCUGUCAGUUUAACUAAUAUGGUUGCGUUUGAUCCAAUGGGUAAAAUCAAGAAAUAUGAAAGUCCUUUGGAAAUAAUGAGAGAUUUUUACUAUGUCAGAUUGGAAUAUUAUCAACGUCGUAAAGAUCAUAUCACCGAUGAAAUGCAACAUCAAUUAACUAAAUUAUCCGAACAGGCAAGGUUUAUUAAAUUAAUCAUUGAUAAAGAAUUAUCAAUUUCUAAUAAGAAAAGAUCUGUCUUGGUUGAUAUAUUACAGAAAUUCAAAUUUGUUAAAUUCGAUAAAAAUAGUAAACCAGUUAAUGAUUCCAAAGACCCUGCACUUUUUGUCAAUGCUGACGAAUUAGUGGAAGAAGAAGAAGAAGAAGUAGGAGAUAUUAGUCAGAUUAAUGCGGGAGGUAUUCCUAAUGAAGAUAAUAAUGAGCAUAAGCCGGAAACUAUCUAUUCGCAUUACGAUUAUUUGUUAGGUAUGACAAUUUGGUCCUUAACAAGAGAAAGAUAUGAAAAGCUCUUGAAACAAAAAGGCGAUAAAGAAAGCGAAUUGAAUAUUUUAUUACUGAAGUCUGCUAAAGAUCUUUGGAAUGAAGACUUGGAUGACUUUUUGGAAUGCUGGCAAUCUUUCUUACACGAUGAUUUCCAAAAAAGAUCAAACAUAAUUCCUGCUAAGGGAACAAAGAGGAAGUCCAAAAGGACUAAGGCGGUGAAGAAGGAACCAGGUGAACCACCAAAGAAAAAGACCACUACCACUAAAAAGCAAUCGACAUUGCCAGUACCAGUAAAAAAAGAGACGAGUAGCGAGUUCCCGUCAUUUUUCACUGAAAGCAAAUCGCCAACAGUUGAAGAAAAAACGAAGGCGGUAGCAUCCAAAUUCGAUGAUAGUGAUGAUGACGAAAUCUUAGGACUUAUCAAUUCUAGAUCUAAAUCCAGCUCUAAGCCUAUGACGAAAUCCAGUUCCAGGCCUAUAACGAAUUCGACCCCGGAGCCAUCCACUAAGUCAAGAUCAAGAUCCCCAAAGUCUUCGAAGAGUAGCGGGUUGCGGGAUGAAAUUGACGACUUGGCUAUUGAAAAUAACAUACAGUAUGCCCAGCCUCCAACUGGUAAAAGAAAAAAGAAAUCCGCCGUGUCCUACAAAUUAGUUUCAAGUGACGAUGAAGUCGAAGAAAUCAGCGAUGAGGAAGAAAGUGAUGACGAGUACGAAGAGGAUUAG